GACAAUGCACUUAGUGUUACUAUGGUAACCGGUAAACUGUGCACAGAAAGGUAGACUGAGGAGAAGAAGAGGUGGGAAUUUGACCACAAAGGCCAUUAGAAGUGUGCACAUGGACAGAGAGUGCGUUUAGCGGGUGGAUUUAUUUCUUUUUUGUCAGCCAAGGGGAACGUGUGACAUGUCAUCUGCAAACUGUGUCACGAAGAAGACGACACUGAGCACCUGGACUCCUCUGAACCACCAAGUGAUCAACAGCAAGGUUUUUGAAGAGAGGCGAAGUCUUCUGGCAAAGUGGUUUGACAGGUGGUCUGACCGCCAGAGGAAGGCCGUGCUGCAGGACUUGGUGCUGAGCUGUUCGCUGGAGCAGCUCCGUUUCCUGAGCCGGUCUUUGGGCCGACGGCUCCCCCUGCAGGCGGCCGACUUCACCUGCCUCCUGCCCAGAGCCCUCAGCCUCUACCUCUUCUCCUUCCUGGACCCGCGCAGCCUCUGUCGAUGUGCACAGGUGAGCUGGCGCUGGAGGGGCAUUGUGGAGCUGGACCGGCUGUGGAUGCCGAAAUGUCUGAGGCUUGGAUGGAGCAUCGGCUUUUCUCCCACGCCAUAUGAACGGGGGGUGUGGAAGAGACAUUACAUCCAAAACGUCCAGGAGGUGCAGCUCAGCUCGUCACAGACGGCUUCAUCCCAUCAUCAGUCUGUAGUUCCUAAUGGAACACUCACCAGCAGCGGACAGGACGAUACAUCAGCAACGUCCUCCAUCAUCAAGGAUCGUCCGGCAUCCACCUCAAAGGCAGGAUCCAAAAAUGAUAAGCAGCCAAAUACACCACCGCCGUGGAAGGUUAACGACAGAAAUCCCAAAGAUACGCUGCGCUUCAACUACUUGGACAACCUGGACCCCACGGAGCCCAAUCUGAAGGGAGCCGCCAUCUGCCACGGUCUCACACCUUCGCCAGACGGCAGGCGCCAGAAAUCGCUCUCGGAGGCUCAUUACAAACUACGCAAGGCCAAAUCGCUGAUGUUCCUCAGCUCCAACUCCAAAACCCAGCAUCCUCCUCCUUUUGACCCUCACUCCGACACCCAAACCCGACCCCACUGGGCGCGUCGCAGCCAGGACCCCCCCGUCACCAAGGAGACCGCCAGGAGCCUGUUGCUGCAGGUUGAGUGGAACGCUGGGGUUCGACCCGCGCCCGUGAGGUCGGCGGUGCCUCGUCUGAGCGUGGAGGCGCUCAGGGCGUCCCGGCGCUCACAUCGAAGCCCACCAAGCGUGCCACUGUUUGAGGUUCAGCCCUGGACCGUGUCCGCUUCACACACGCGAUGAAGAACGGGGCACCAUCGGCCUCCUCGCGAAGAAGCAGUAUGACUCAGCAGGGAUCAGCUGUGGUCAAAGUGCACAAGCGCUGUAACAACACUCAUUUUACAGUCAGACUAAAGAGCAGCAGGUGUUACAUUUUGUAAGUAUCUGCAAAGUUACUAGAGAAUAAAGGCUGUCAAAUAAAUAGCAACCAUCUACUAAUUCUUUACAGCUAAAAUUAUUACAAGCAGGGAACUAGUAAUAAACUACACCAUGUUGAGAAAAGAACUCCAAAGGAGGCAGUUAUGUAUACGAAAUGUACCACCUUUAUUAUCAAAUCCACUCGUCCCACUCAGUUUGCAGUACAAAGCCAGUGAACUCCAAAACUAUUUAACAUUAAUACUCAGUAUAAGACAAAAACAUUUGAUUUUGACUCAGAACAUGUUGCAUCCAACACACAGUAGCAUAUCUUGGGCAGAGAGGGAAGCUUUGUAUAUGUCAAUCAUCAAUCAUGACAGAAGAUUAGAUUGUUCUCACUCGGAUCAGUAUCAUACACCAGGUUUUAGGUCACAUCCAUCUACAGCUUUCACUCAUUGCAUAAAAAAACACAUCCAAAGUUUGGCUCACACACGCUUUCAUUUAUAUUACUAAAAACAAGAGGAAACAUAAACAAGUUUGACAUAUUAAUCCAAAGGCAGGAGUGAACGUGGGUCAGUCACAUAUGGCUUACGGACUAGAACGGACACAACAAUCCAUCACAUCUAACACAUGUUCAAUUACAUGUCGGGUGGUUUUGUCUGAAAAAGUCAAUUAUGUCCUUAUAUGUGGCAUCAUCUGUAAAUACACACUUGCCUAUAAUACACACUCCCUAAUGACUCGUCUGAUGAUUGCAGUAAACACAACUCAAUUUAAAACAGUGCACAGCCGUCACAGGUGAGAUUGUCCAAACGAGCUGCUGAGUUUAGCAGGAACGUGCGCUGUGUUCAUUGAGCUCAGAGCCUCUACCCGCUCAUCAUGGCCAAAGUCCAGUUUAAAGGGGUUUGUAAUUACUCUUCAGUUAUGAAGGUAACCUGGUCUUAAUAAAACCAUGGGUGUCUCAAAAAUAAUUCUGAUCCAAUUUAUGUGAAUAGAAUAUAUAAUUUUUUGGAGAGAAGAAAGUUGAUUGCAAAGUAUAUAGCAUUUAUUUCAAAUGAUGCAUUAAGGAAAUGCACUUCUGAUUGGAAUACAAAAGCUACAAAUAAAACAAACAAUCAUGUAAAACCUCAAAAAAUUCAAACAUCCUUCAGAUUAAAUUAAAUUAAAUAAACAGUUGGUUGAUGGGAUGUUUGUUAUUCAUUCAUGCUUUUUUAACCAGAAAAAAAAACUUUUAAGUUAUAGCAAAUGUUGACAUACAGGACUCUACUGGAGGUUCAAAUUAAGUUCAUAUUCACAGUGGAUUUAUUAGGAUAGUUUGAAGUAGACACAGCCAACAAUUUAAAAAAAAUACUUAAAAAUACCCAUCCAUUAGCUGCUUUCAAUAUUUUGCUCUUCACUUCAACAUAAACGUCCAUUAGAUAUCAACUGAGUUCAAAUCCUGUCAACAUUUCAUUUGUAGAUCAAGUGAAAACACAGAAUGAUAUGUCACUUGUUUUAAUACAGGUCGAUAAAAAUAAAAGAAAAA